CAUUUAUUUUACUGCAUAAAAUAGUAAUAAUGGCUUUAUUAUGUGCUGUUUUUAUAAUGUUAUUUAUUUCAUGUGAAGCAAAGUUGCAAUUACGUAAGGACAUAAAUAUAACGGCUCUUUUUGCUUUUGGAGAUUCAAUUGUAGAUCAAGGAAAUAAUAACAAUUUAAUUACUCAUGCAAAGUGUAAUUUUUUACCUUAUGGAAAAGAUUUCAUGGGUGGUAAUAAUCCAACUGGAAGAUUUAGCAAUGCCAGGACACCAGCAGACAUGUUAGUUGAAGAUUUUGGGAUUAAGAAGCUAAUGCCAGCUUAUCUAGAUUCAAAUUUAAAAGUUGAAGAUUUAAAAACUGGAGUAAGUUUUGCUUCAGGAGCUUCUGGAUUUGACCUUUUAACUCCUGUUGUCGCGUCAGCUUUACCACUGUCAGUACAAUUAGCACUUUUUCAACAAUAUAUUUGGAAGAUGAAUGGAUUUAUUGGUGAAGAAGCAACAAAGAAUAUUGUUAAAAAGAGUCUUUAUAUAGUAGUUGCUGGAAGUGAUGACCUAUGUAAUACAUAUUUCAUGCUCAAAUUUCCAAGGAAAAUACAAUACAAUGUUGACUCAUAUACAAAUCUUAUGGUAGAUGGAGCUUCCAAUUUUAUCAAUGAUUUGUACAAUAUGGGAGCAAGAAGAAUUUGGAUAUUUGGGCUUCCACCAAUAGGGUGUUUGCCAUCGCAAAUACUGCGAGGUGGAGGUCCAUCUAAAAUUUGUGUUGACGAAUACAAUCAAGCUGCUCAAAUAACAAAUACCAAAUUAUCAAAUAAAAUCCAUUCAUUAAACAAAAAAUUGCCUCAAAUCGAGCUUCUUUAUAUCAAUAUUUACGAUCCUCUACUCGAUAUUAUCGCCAACCACAACAAAUACGGUUUUGAAGAUGCAUUGAGUGCGUGUUGCCAUGGAGGGAAUGAGUAUUUAUUAUGUGACAACAUUACAAAAAUAUGUGAAAAUGAUGCAAAUUAUUUAUUUUGGGAUAGUUAUCAUCUCACUGAGAAGGGUUAUAGGGUUCUUCUUGAUCAAAUUUCCAACUAAUAAUCUUAUUGUACUAAACAUGAAUUAUAUAUCAAGAUUUGAUUAUCUAGUUGAUAAUAAUUCGAUUAAUUUA